ACUAAAACAUCAAUACUUUACACAUAAGAAAUUACCGGCGUUCGCAUAUGAAGAACAAGUCGGCACGUACAAGCUAGGCAAGGCAUUCCUUUAUUUUCCAGGCUUUGCGCGUCUAAGCGUCUUAGACUUCAAAAAGUCUUCCACCCUUUUUGGUGUUUUCUCACUCAUUCGAGCCCUAUUUAUAGGCUUCAAUUCUUUCUUUGGGACAUAUACUCUCAUCAGACAUCAGUAGUACUCAGAUACAAUUCCAUUUGAAGAGAAGAGAGGUAAACAGAUCAAGAAAGAAGGAAAAGCUAGAGAGAUCGAGAUGGAGAGCCAGAAGAAGAUGAUGGUUGUUUUUGGGUUAGUUGCGGCUGUGUUUUUACAGUGUGUGGCGGCACAGACGACCCAUGUGGUGGGAGAUAGCGUAGGCUGGAUCAUACCACCGAACGGUGCACAACAGUAUGUCACAUGGGCGUCUGGUCAGAAGUUCGUAGUUGGUGAUUUUCUGAUUUUCAACUUCACGACAAACUCACACGACGUUCUGGAAGUACCCAAAGCAUCGUUCGACUCUUGCAGCUCCACCAACCCAAUUGGCAACAUCAUCACCACCGGCCCGGCCAACAUCACUCUCACCUCCUCCGGCGAACACUACUACAUCUGCACUUUCGGCCGCCACUGCCAGUCCGGCCAGAAGCUCGCCAUCUCCGUCUCAGCAUCCGCCACGUCACCCGGAUCCUCCCCUUCUGCACCAUCUCCAUCUACCACAGCUGGCACCACGCCGGGGGUGACCGCGGUGCCGCCAAGCUCUUCAUCCCCUGCUGUUGGGGCUGGUUUCGUUUUGUGCUCGUUGUCCCUUGUAAUGGGAUUGUUCUUUUAGAGGCAUAUAUACAUACUGUAAUUUAUUAUUAUUAUAUCCCAUUGUUCAUUUUGGAUAUUUUGAGAGAUCGAUAGACAAUAAGGUUAAUGUUGAUUGUAAUUUGAUUUUUAGCAUGAUGAUAUAUUUUUGGAGCA